UGGCAUCAUGCAGAACUUCCAUCAUGUUUUGAGUAGUACCAGUCCCUCGUGGAUGAAUGUAGGGAUGUAAACCAAAGACGGUACAUUCCUCGUUACUUUGAGAAUCUGUAUUUUAGUCAGUGAUGCUUGAACUGCUGUUUACAUAGUUCAGUUCGGCUCAGGAAUCAUCAUGCCAGAAAUUGUUCUCCAUGGAGUUCCUGUUCGAUUUCCCUUUGAACCUUACGAGGUUCAAAAAGCAUACAUGUCCAAAGUUAUUGAGUGUUUGCAAACGGGAGAAAAUGGCAUUUUGGAGUCACCCACAGGCACUGGUAAAACCCUGUGUCUCUUAUGUUCGACGUUAGGAUGGCUGGAGAUUAAGAAAGCAGAGCACAAGGCCCGUAUUCAAAACGUCGUGGGAGAGGACAGCCCAGAAUUCUUCAAUGCCCUCAGUACUCAGUUAGUGGCUGGUGCAGGACAAGCAUGGGCCAACAAAAGUGCUCCUCCAAAAAUUAUCUAUUCUUCGCGAACACAUUCCCAGCUCACCCAGGCGGUGAAUGAGCUGAAACGCACAACUUACAGCUAUUUGAAGGUGGCAGUGUUAGGCUCCCGAGACCAGAUGUGCGUCCACCCGGAAGUUUCGAAGGAGACGAACAAUAAUACCAAGGUUCACAUGUGCCAGAUAAGAGUCAAAGCCAAGAACUGUUACUUCAGCAAUCAGGUUGACGUGAAGAAGGAUGACCCAGACGUGAGACAGAAUGUGCUAGAUAUCGAGGAUUUAGUCAAACUAGGAAAAAAGAAGGCAUUUUGUCCUUACUACAUGGCACGAGAACUGAAAACAGAUGCUGACAUCAUAUUCAUGCCUUACAACUAUCUUCUGGACCCCAAAAGUAGGAAAGCUCAUAACAUUGAAUUACAGGGAAAUAUAGUGAUAUUUGAUGAAGCUCAUAAUGUAGAGAAAACAUGUGAGGAAGCUGCAUCCCUGCAGUUGAAGUCUACUGAUUUAGCACUUUGCAUCGAUGAAGUAACUCAGGUAAUGAAGAAACUUCAGGAAAUGAGCGAAGGAGUCUCAGUUGCGGCCAAUGAUCCGGGCCAAGGUCUGCCUGAAGAUUUCAGCCCUGAUGAUUUGUACACAUUAAAAGCGCUCUUCCUGGAGCUGGAGAAGGGAAUUGACGAAAUCAGGCUUCCAGCUGAUGGAUCAGGAGCAACGUUUCCUGGGAGUUACAUGUUUGAACUCUUGGAAAAGGCAGAAAUUACCCCACACAAAAAGACCGUCAUUUUAGAAAUUCUUGACAAGUUGAUAUUGUAUCUUACAACCACCAGUGCGUCUCCAUUCCAGCGUAAGGGUGCCGGCCUUCAGAAAUUCUCCGAUCUCAUCAAAAUUGUAUUCAGUAAGGACAAGUAUUCUCUGCAACAUAUGAACUUUGUGAAGCAGUGUUACAAGGUCCACGUCAAUAUAGAGGAAAAAAAGAAGCCUGGAGGACGACCAGAUGGUGGCUGGGGCGCAAACAAACCCAACGCGAUUGACUCAAAGACUGGACGUGUCAUAUCCUACUGGUGCUUCAACCCAGGAUUUGGCAUGAAAGAAUUGACAGAACAAGGAGUGAAGUGUAUCUUGCUCACAAGUGGAACUCUGUCACCUUUGCAGACUUUUGUCUCUGAAUUGCAGACCCCUUUUCCAGUUCAGCUUGAGAACCCUCACAUUAUUGAGAAACAUCAAGUGUGGGUUGGUACAAUAUGCAAGGGACCAGAUGGCUUUGAUCUGAAUUCAUCCUAUCAAAAUAGGAGCAACCCCAAUUAUAUUCGUUCUUUAGGACAGACCAUUCUCAACUUUUCCCGUAUAAUUCCUGACGGCCUCCUGGUUUUCUUCCCAUCGUAUCCAAUCAUGCGCUCAUGCAGGGACGAGUGGCAGAAUACUGGAAUUUGGAGUAAAAUAUCUCAGGGAAAGCCAAUAUACGUUGAACCGCAAACAAAGGAGGAAUUCCAGAAUGCCAUGGUAGAGUUUUACCAGAAGGUCAGUGAUCCUGCACACAAGGGAGCUUGCUUCAUGGCAGUGUGUCGUGGAAAGGUCUCCGAAGGUUUAGAUUUUGCUGACCGAAAUGGCCGUGCUGUAAUUAUCACCGGAUUGCCUUUUCCCCCAAUAAAGGAUCCCAGAGUGGUUUUGAAACAGAAGUAUCUUGAUGACAUGUUCUUUAAGAAUAAGACUGGCUUAAAAGGUCGUGAAUGGUACACACUAGAAGCCUCAAGAGCUGUAAAUCAGGCCAUUGGUCGUGUCAUACGUCACAAAGACGAUUUUGGAGCGAUAAUUCUGUGUGACAACAGAUUUGGAGGAGCUAACUUCAAAACCCAGUUGUCUGCUUGGGUUCCAACCUCACAUGCAUGUUUAUAGUAUGUUCCCGGCCCGGCUAUGAGAGAUCACCAACUCUUUAAAACUGCCCAAAUUGUGCUUCCUCAGCCAAAACCAAAAAGCAGUGGGCAUCCUUCAGUUAGCAUAAGUUACGAAACUCCCGAUUUGCCACUGUGCCCUCCUGUAUCUGCUCAGGGCCUUGAAGCCGGACCUUCCCGGCCAGCCAUUUCAAACACGACCAAACAGAAGCUUGCACAAGCUCUUGCUGGACAGUCAAACUACAAUAACGACUGGUCUGCUUCGGAGUAUGCAAAGCCUGUCGUCAGUGCAGAAGAAAAGGGAAAGACCAAAGGUGACGGCUCACUAUUUUCUGCUCUGGAACAAACAACUAGCGUGAUCAGUUUUAAUUCACUUUGUGCGUCAUCUUCCAACUGCACAAAGUACGAAACUCUUAAGUCAGGAAACAAGAAAAGGAAGAUCAAAAUUGUUUCGAAGAGUGAGAAGGAGGUAGAAGACUUGGUUAACAAUCCUGAAAAAUUGGGAAACAGUAGCAGUUUAUCUAAUGGUCAUCUUAAUGGAACUUCAGCAUCAACUGCAUCUGAGCCUAAAAAAGAAGGCACUUCAAGUAACCUAAGCAAUAUAGCAAAGUAUAUCAAAGAGGUCAAGUCAUCCCUUGGAACAGAUAUGUACAAACAGUUUUCAGAAGCAGUGAAAAAUUACCAAAAGAACAAGGAUUACGAUGGCACAGUGGCUAUACUCGUUCCUCUGUUCGUCGGGGAGCCCAAAAACCACACGUUGUUAAGAAAGUUUCAACAAUUCCUGAAAAAGGACCACCAAACCAAAUUCCAAGAAAUGUGUUCGGAACUUCUAGAUUCCUCAGGAAGAUAGCAUCUGUGAUUCACUGACUUCAUCAGCAGCUACAAUGAAUAUAACUUAAGAUUUCUCCCUCCAUUCAUGACAAAUAUUUCAUAUGUGCAUACUACUUGUACAUUAUAUUUAGUAAAGCUUUUAUUUAUAAAACGAAGACAUUUGUAACUUUUUAGUUUUUAAUUUUUAUAAAUAUAUCAAUAUCUUUUUAAAAACUAUUUUUCUUUAUUUAGCCUUAAAAAUGGAAGUGGUGCAGAU